ACUGGUGUGGCAACUGCCAAUCGAAGAAGAAGAAGAAGGAGAAGGUGGUGCAGCUGAAGAAGAAGAAGGUGGUGCAGCUGAAGCAGCGUUGCUCUUUUGUUGUGUUUGUCUUCAGUGGUGUUCCAGUGUUCAUAACAUCAAAAUGUAGUUUUUGGUCCGUGAGCGAAGCGCCCACGAAGCUCAUUUAAACGAUCGGGUCACAUGACAGAAGACAAGAUCAGCCUGGAAAACUUUUAAAGAACAUUCUUCGUCUGGCGGGACGGAGUGUGCGAGGACACCGACGGUGAGCUCAAAACCGGACAUGACAUCUGCCCUCAGCAUGGACGCCGCAGCAGAGCGAGGGAGCACCUGCAGUCAGCAGUGCAGCAGCUGUGACGACUCCUCAGCCAGAUGUUGGUGUGUGGACUGUAAUGAAGCUCUGUGCAACACGUGUGUGUCGGCUCACCGCAGAGUGACGGUGACCAGAUCACAUCAGAUCCUCGACCAGCUGCCAGCAGGAAGCGUCUCAACUCCUCCCACCCAGUUCUGCAGACUCCACCCUUCUGAGUCGCUUAAACUCUUCUGUUUGACCUGCAACCAGCGCACCUGUAGAGACUGUCAGCUCAUGGCUCACAUGAACCACAGGUACCAGUUUGUUAGUGAGGUGUUGGACGGCCUGAAGAAGCAGCUGGAGGACUGGCUUCAGCCGGUCAGAGGACAGAGAGACAGGGUGAGGCAGAGUCUGCUGGACAUGGAGACCAGGCUGCAGGACAUCAAGGAGUCUGAGUCUCAGCUGAGGGCGGAGCUGCUGCGCUCUUACACCAUCAUAUGCCAGCGCCUGAAAAGCAGGAUGGUGGACAUUCUGAAAGAGGUCGAGAAGGUGUGUGAGAUGGAGUGUGACAGCAUUCAGAGGAGGAUGCAGAAGCUGAAGGAUCUGCAGCACCGGUGGCAGUUAGUGACUGAAGCGGCACGAAAAGCCCAAAGCAGCGGCGACCUGUCGGCUCUGCUGAGCUUCAGAACGCAGAUCAAGGCCCAGCUGGAGACUGUGGCGGAUCAGGACUUGUCUCCUCCUCAGACGAUGUCUCAGCUGAGGGUCGUCACUGACAGGAAGUACAUGGAGACCAUUUUAAACUUUGGUGCACUCGAAGUUACGUGGAUCCCCUUCUCUGUCUCACAAAUGUCCACUCAGAAAGAAGACAAUCCAGCCGCCUGCUCCUCCUCCUCCUCCUGCAGACCCCCCACCCAAACCAGCACAACCGCUGACCCUCCUCUCGGAGACUUCUGCCCUUCUACAUCAAAGCCGUCGUCCAAUCAGUCAAGUCAUUCCUGUCUGAGUGUCAUCCAAUCCAGUGCUGUCCCGACCCCGACCAUUGCAGUUGUCUCCACUCACCCUGUCAAACAUCCGUCCUAUCCUGUGAGGACACAGUCUCGCCUGAGAGCCAACCCGAGACAGGUGCCUCCAGACACUCGUGUCCUUUGUGUCUCUACCUCGAACCUGCAGCCUGUCAGCUUCCCCCAGUCAGCAGGUCCGUCUCCGUCCUCUGUGCUGCUCCAGCUUGUCCAACCCUCACUGGUUUCGGCCGCUCCUCUUCAGAACCAGGCCUCCACCCCCGUUGCCAGCACCACCCUGCUGACUAUAAACCAGACCAUGUACCAAAUGAUUCCCGUGGUUCUCAGCCAGCCUGCGUCCUGCUCUUCGUGGCAGAAGAAAACUUGUGGCAGUAUGAACAUGUGUGUCACCACGUCCUCCUUCGACACCACUCCUCCCUCCUCCAUCCGUCCUGCAUCCUCCUGCAGGCUGUCCUCACAAACUGGGACCACCAGUGGCACUGGCUCAGGUCAUUCUACAUCACAGAAGUCUUUGUCCAAUCAGCUGUGUCUUCCACCUUCCUCCUCCUCCACCCACACCACCUGCUCUGCACCCUUCUGUAAGCCCCUCCCCCAACCCAGUGCGACCAAUCACAGAGACUCGCCCGUUGCAGACAGACCUGUCGUAUCACCUUUGAAGUCCAUAUCCACUGAGCUGUGGCUUCCUCCCACUUUGUCGUACACCUCUUCCUCCUCCGUCACUUUGCCCACAUCCACGUACGCGGCUUCCACCUGCAGGCUCCUCCCCCACACUGAGAUCACUAGUGACACUGCCUCACCUGUCCCAGACGUCCAUCAGACUACAUCGGUGUUCUUACCAAACCACCACCUUCCGAAGGAUGACACCCCUGCGACCGGCGGGCCUCUGCCCUCCCGCCCUGACAUCACUUCCUCCUCUCUGAAGCAGCAGCAGCAGCAGAGUGCUGUGGUGAGGGAGGUGGCGGACUCUGCCUGUGACCACAAUGUAGAGCAGGUGACAGUGAGGCAGCAGGAACCGGAAGAGAACGAACCCACGUCCACCGUGUCUGAAGAAAGCGAACAAGCUGAGAAGCUGUCGGCGCCCGAGGAGGAAUCGAGCUCUGUGAUUGGACACCCGGCCUGCAGUCUGAGCAAAUGGCAGCCCAGAGUGUCUCUGUUCAGGCUGCCUGUGUCUCCGACCCGCCCUGGAUGCCCCCUCCCUGGCUUUAGUCUUGUCCCAGGUGAUGGGGAAGAUGAGAUUUACCUGAAAGAGAUGAGUGAAGACGCUCAGUCCGACGCUGAUGACAGCGGAGAUGACUUCACAGAGCCGCCGUCAUCGCCGGAGUCUCCUGUGACGCUGCAGAUGGUCAGCUGCUCCGCCUGUGGGGCAGCGUUGGCCUCCAUCGUGUGCUCGGCGUGCGGGCGAGGAUACCACAGAGACUGUCACCUUCCUCCUGUUGGACCCGACAUCUGGUCCGAGUGGAUCUGCUCACUGUGUCAGGACCUGUCGGACCCCUCGGACCCCUACAGCACCGACCGACCUCAGACACCUCAGAGACCCUGUCUCAGUGUGCUGGAGCAGAGGAGGUGUGAGAGUCUGCUGCUGCACCUGAAGGUCGAAGGCUGCGGCCGACUUUCUGAGCCGGGUUCCGUGUGGUCGGAGCUGAAGCUGCUGUCGGAGCGUCUGGCCGCCCAGCCGUCGUACCAGUCGGCUUCAGAGUUCGUCUGUGACGCGUGGAGUCUGUUCAGAGGCGCCUCACAGGUACAAACACCUGACGGUGAUGCUUUGAAGAAACUGCAGCGGAGUUUUCACAGCAGGUUGGUGCAGACCUUCGGUUCAGAGCUUCAUCCUUCAGUCCUGAAGCCACAGAGCAGAAACACUGAGGGAGGCAAAUCGUGUGUCACACGUCCACACACGGGUCACCAGAAGGGGUCAGAGGUCACGGCGGAGGAACAGGAAGUGAUCAUCAGUAGGCCUAAACUGACAGAGAUAAAGAAGAGGCUGCGAGACUUUCUGGUGGGAACUCCCGGAUCCAAGAGGAGAAAGACGGACCAAGACGGAGGCGUGAGACCCAGGACAAAACCCCAGCUCACGUUUGGGCUCCAGACCAUCAGAAUGAGUCGACCUCUGACCUCCCAGCAACCAGUGAGUUCUGACAUUUCACCUGUGAACAGAUGAACAGAACUGAAGUUCAGUGAAACUCCUCCCUGCUCCUCCACUUACUGGUUUGCUGCUCGCUGGACGUCAACACACACUGUGAGUCCUCACUGUGGCCUCAGUUCAGUUUCUCGUGAUGAGGCAACAUCAACCCAAUCAAACCAAUUGUGUUUUUAAAGUAUGAAGAGUAAAAGUACUCGUAGUGCAGUAAAAUGUCCCCUGUCACUGUUGUAUUACUGCAGCAUUCAUGUGUAUGUUGAGGAAAUGUUUUGUAUUGUGGAUUAUUUCUGAUCUUAUCUAUAAACAAUAAAAGCUGUGGUUGGAGCAGUUGGA